AUGGAUAAAACAAUUAAAAACGCUGUAAAUGAAGCAAAGGAGAAAAAGCCCAAGGAGCUUGAAGACCCUGCAAGCGACAUCUCUGAGGUCUUUGGCGCGGCCCCAGCAAAGAAAACCAUCCACAUCAUUGUCCAACGUCCAUCAGCAGCCACAGGAUAA